GGCUGGGCUCGGCUUGUGCCGGCAGGACUGGAGCGGAACUUACCCCGUCGCAGGAGGCGUAGGUGAGGCGGCUGCGAACUGGCGUCUCUGGAACCCGUGGCCUUUGCAGGCUCGGCCGCGCAGGAGGAGAGGCCUCCCGGCGACGGGGGGAAAGAAUGGCUUAAGAAUGGCUUUUGGACGUCCGCGGGGCACUGGCCAGACUGUGAAUCAAGGUUGAGAACAAGAAAUUAUUUCUGAAAAAGGAUAUUUGUGGAAUAGAAUCAUCCUGAUGGGAGAUAAUGGAAAGACUUACAAAACACAUCAUUGAGUGUUCAAGUUUCAGAGGUGAUUGGGAAUGGAAAAGCCAGUUUGAGAGAAAAGAGGUAUCUCAGGAAGGACACUUCAGACAGUCUGAAGACAUGCCCACUUUCAGUACCCAGCAUCAGACAAUUCACACUGAUGAGAAACUCUUUGAAUGUAAGGAAUGUGGGAAGGAUUUUACUUUUCUAUCAGUCCUUAUUCGACAUCAGCGAAUUCAUACUGGUGAGAAACCUUAUGAGUGUAAAGACUGUGGCAAGGCCUUUGGUAGUGGUGCAAACCUUGCUUACCAUCAAAGAAUACAUACUGGUGAGAAACCUUACGAAUGUAAGGAUUGUGGGAAAACUUUUGGCAGUGGUUCAAACCUUAGUCACCACCAAAGAAUCCAUACCGGUGAGAAACCAUAUGCAUGUAAGGAAUGUGGGAAGGCUUUUAGUUUUGGGUCAGGCCUUAUUCGACAUCAGAUAAUUCACAGUGGUGAAAAGCCUUAUGAGUGUAAGGAAUGUGGGAGGUCAUUUAAUUUUGAAUCAGCCCUUACUCGGCAUCAAAGGAUUCACACAGGUGAGAAACCUUAUGAAUGUAAGGAUUGUGGGAAAACUUUUAGCAGUGGUUCAAACCUUACUCAGCAUCGGAGGACUCAUACUGGUGAGAAACCUUAUGAAUGUAAAUCAUGUGGAAUGGCUUUUAGUAGUGCUUCAGCUCUUACUCGGCAUCGGAGAACUCAUACCGGUGAGAAACCGUAUAUAUGUAAUGAAUGUGGGAAGACCUUUAGUUUUGGAUCCGCCCUAACUCGUCAUCAAAGAAUUCACACUGGUGAGAAACCUUAUGUAUGUAAGGAAUGUGGGAAAGCUUUCAAUAGUGGCUCAGACCUCACUCAGCAUCAGAGAGUUCACACAGGUGAGAAACCCUAUGAGUGUAAGGAAUGUGGGAAAGCCUUUAGAAGUGGUUCAAAACUUAUUCAGCAUCAAAGAGUGCAUACUGGGGAGAAACCGUAUGAAUGUAAGGAGUGUGGCAAGACCUUUAGUAGUAGAUCAGAGCUUUCUCAGCAUGAGAGAAUUCACACUGGGGAGAAACCCUAUGAAUGUAAGGAGUGUGGGAAGACCUUUGGUAGUGGCUCAAAGCUUAUUCAACAUCAGCUAAUUCAUACUGAUGAGAAACCCUAUGAAUGUAAAGAAUGUGGAAAGUCCUUCAAUAGUGGAUCAGCACUUAACAGGCACCAGAGAAACACUGGUGAGAGACGUUUUGAAUAUAAGGAAUGUGGGAAGGCUUUUCAGAGGGGUUCAGAACUUUCAGCAACAUAAGAAAAAUCCUAGUGGUGAGAAACUGUGAGUUGGAAACUUAUGAAUUGAAAUUAUAUGGUAAAGAAAGGACUUUCAACACAUGACAAAAGAAAAUUCAAACCAAUGAAAAUCAUGUCAAAUGUAAUUAAAGCACAAAUGCCUUACGUGUGUUUCAUAAGCUCGUCAGCCUAAGGCAGCUCAUAUAGGGAAAGAAAAAUCAAAAUUAUUCUGAAUAAAAUAAAUGUUUUAAGAUCUUUAGCUACACUCCUUUGUUACUUUCAAAAAAUUCUUACUCAUGAAUGUUAAAAAUUUAAACAACACACUUAAUGUAUUUUUUCUUUAUUUUAAACAUUGGAAGAUUAAUUUCAUGUUAGCUCUGCUACUUUAAAUUUUUAAAUAUUUAUGUAUUAUUGAAAAUUACUGAUCCAUCUCAAAAUGAUUUUAUUUAUUGAAAGUCUAAGUUUAUCAUUUCCCUCCCCCAGACCUUAUCCUAACACUGUUCAUUGUUCAAUAACUUUAUCUACUUUAAUAUUUCUUAUUGGCUAUUUGAUGCUAAGUUAUAUUUUUGUUCAUAUGAGGCUUGGAUAUCAGAUCAGUGGUUUUUAAAUUUGCACAUGCUCCUAUUGCUAUCUCACACUGUUUAUAGUAGGUAACUGUUACUUUAAUUAUCUUUCAUUAUCUAAUGAAUCUGAACCUUUUGUUUUGGAAGACUUUUACUUUCCUUUUAUAAAUAUUAUACUCUUCAUUUUUCAAAACAACUUCCCCUCCAUAAAAUGUAGAUAAGAACAUAAAAAUAGAUAUGGUUAUGUAUAGCUUUCUCAAUCAUAGAUUAUCACUGUCAAACUUGGAUCAAACCCUUUAAGACUAUCAUUGUUUUUGAAACAAAGUGUGAUUAUGAUAUACUAUAACCAGCCUUUGAUAUUCUUUUUCUGUAAAUUCAUUGUUACUAUUUUAUUGGCUUUAUAGUAUCCACCUGUCUGUCAAAUAUUGAAAAUUUUGCCAUUAUAAACGUUUACACUAAUGUGUGUGCAUUGUUUAUUUAUCCUUCAUUUCAGAGAUAAUGUGUGGAUUUCUUUUGCUUAUAAAAGAUUUAUACAUUAUGGAUUCAGCUGUACUUCUUUUUGACCAACUCUUUGACCUCACUUUCUCCACUAUGUUAACCAACUCACUCUAACCAGAUCCUUUUAUAUGCAUAUAUGAUGCACAUAUGGUAAUGUGGGCAUAAUUAGAGUACUUCAGAGGUUUGUUAUAUGGAUUUUAUAACUGUGCCUGUUAUAUAAUAAAUGCUUCAUAAAUAUUAGCCAUCACAAUUGUUAUUUUC